UCAGGACCAGGACCGCUGUCAGCUAACAGCUAUAUAUGUGUUUGGUGUUUUGGUGUGACAUUAAAUGAACAGUGGUGUGGUUUAAUGGCUCAGUUUACCGGGUGACUGUCCAAGUUGACUGUGUACAGCAGCAGAUGCUCUCCAUGCAGUGGGAUCCUUCCCCCUGAGGCUGCCGGACUGACUGAUCCUGUCUGCAGCCUCUCUGUCAGCAGGAUGUCAGACAGUGGGAACCAGUCCUGCCUGACCAUAGCAGAGGACACGGUCUCUCUCCUGAUGUGUGUGUUUCACGCAUGGGAGGAAUGGGCAGGGCUUGGUCAGCUGGAGGACUACCUGAGUGUUCUGGAGUACCUGCUGUGGGUCUUCACCCCUCUGGCCAUCGUCUUCAUCGUGCCCUUCCUCAUCGUCAUCCUCCUUUACCUGAGUAUACUCUUCCUCCAUGUCUAUAAGAGGAAGAAUCAGCUGAGGGAAGCUUACUGCAACAACCUGUGGGAUGGAGCCAGGAAGACCCUGGCUACUCUGUGGGACGGACAUGGAGCCAUAUGGCACGGCUAUGAGAUCCAUGGGAUGGAGAAGAUCCCCGACAAAGGCCCAGCGCUGAUCGUUUACUAUCACGGAGCGAUUCCCAUCGACUACUACUACUUCCUGGCUAGUGUCAUCAUCCAGAAGGGACGGACCUGCCAUUCUGUAGCUGACCACUUCCUCUUCAAGAUCCCAGGCUUCAAGUUACUGCUGGAGGUGUUCAGUGUGAUCCACGGUCCUCAGGAGGAGUGUGUGCGGGCUCUGAGGAACGGUCACCUGCUGGGCAUUUCUCCGGGAGGAGUGAGGGAGGCUCUGCUCAGUGAUGAGAACUACCCUCUGCUCUGGGGCAAACGCAAAGGCUUUGCUCAGGUCGCCAUCGACUCUCAAGUGCCAGUCAUUCCAAUGUUUACUCAGAAUGUGCGGGAAGGCUUCAGGUCUCUGGGAACACUCAGGUUUUUUCGUUGGCUGUACGAGAGGUUUCGUCUCCCUGUGGCUCCAGUUUAUGGAGGAUUUCCUGUGAAGUUCAGGACCUUCCUCGGUGACCCCAUCCCCUAUGACCCCAACAUAGAUGCUGCAGAGCUGGCAGAGAGAGUGCAGCAGGCGGUCCGGUCUCUGAUCGACCAGCACCAGAAGAUCCCGGGGAACAUCCUGAGAGCUUUGUUUGAGAGGUUCCACACCAAACACAAAGAGCGUUAACACCAGCAGAACCACCACAGACAAACUGUCCAGCGUGUGAUCAGAGCGCUGCAGCGUGCACAGGUUUGGUGGAAUAUUUGCACGGUUUCUUCACUGCCCCUCCCCCACCCCCCACCCCCCAAACACCACUGGCUGACUGCAGCUGAGGCUCUUUUCACAUGCGUGAUGUUUAUAUUGCACGUUUCAGAUGUGUAUUUUUGUCUACACAGACUUCCUUUUUUCCCAGGAUGCAUCUGAUAAAAGCCAGACUUCCUAAAGUGAUAUCGGACUUGACAAUAAUCAGACCUCAGAAGUGAUUAAUAAAAAGAUCAUCGUUUUUAUCGGUACGCAGAGACACUAUAUCAGAGUUCUUGUGACGUUAGAUGUAGGGACGACACUGGGUAAUAUGUACUCAUUACAACACAGGUGUUACUGAUCUCACCGGACAUCAAGACCUUGAGACACGUGUUGGCUGAAUAUCUGUAGAUAACAGGUGUUACCACCUUCAUCAGACAGUUUUCAGAUUCACUUUGUACGUCUGGUGGUGAGUUUAAAUGUGAAAUGGAGCUUUUGUUUUUCACUUUGACACCCAAUCCUCCACCAUCGUCCUGCAGGUCAGCUCUCCUCUAGUCACAUGAUCAGGCUCUGCUGCUCUGUCAUGUGACUCUGCUGCUGCACAGAGCCUACACUGUCAGGUUAUAACUGUAGCUCCCACUGAGUAUUGAUUACUAGUAUUUUACAAGUGAAAAUUUUUAAAUUGAUGAACGUGUGCGCUACCACUGAUACACGAUUUGUUAGUAGGACUGGGUGUUAAAAUCCCUGAAGUUACAGCACAACAAUUGGGGAUGUUCUUGGAGCUACAACACAUCUUCUGUUGUGUCCCUCGACAUUUUCAUAGCAGCAGUCGGGCGGAUCCAAUACGCUGAUUAACGAAGGAUCCCGCUGACAUGAGGAGCUAACCCAUGCCAGCCCUGAUUGGCUCUAUUCCCUCCAGUUGAAAAUGAUGGUGGGUAUGUUAUGUGAUCGGUGUGUGCCUGAACACCGUUGUAACAGGAGUAACACUGACUACCAUGGCAACUGUGGUUAGGAUUCAGACAGUUUAUUGAAAAGAGAUGUUUGAACAUUAAGGUCAACAGGAGAUUCAUGAUGUCGGUCAGUCUAUACAUUGUUUGAUUGCAGUGACUUUACAGACAACUGCUUGUACUGAUGAUGUGUAACAGCACUUUGAGUUUGCACAGCUUCAGUGUCACACACACACACACACACACACUAAUGACCAGGCUGCAGGGUCGGACCAGAGCUGGACCUGGAUUAGGUUUGAUGUCUUUAAAGCUGGAGUUUAGCUGAGCUCAGGUCACAGGAGAAUGACAGCAUGGCGUAGGUGAGAUUAACUUGUUACACAGUAACACAGUGUUUCUUAUAUUGACCAUAUGGACAUAUUCCAACCCUUUUAUUAAUGGAUAAAAUGAUGGUAACCUUUUAUUUUCAGGUCUCUUACUUGUUGUCUAACUUCCUGGAAACUGUCACAAUAAUUUCCUCUAAAAAAAAAUCAGUGAUGUUCCAGUUAAUGUCUCUGUUAACCAGCUCUGACCUGGAGGUGUGACAGAACGUCCUCAGGCACGUUUGGUGUCCAGAUACUUUUUGGGACAAUUUUCAACUUUUUUCCAAAAUAUUUUAUAAAGUUUUAUUACCUAUUAUAUUUAUGUACAUAGACACAGAGGCUAAACAAAAUAAUAGUAACACUCGUAAAUGAAAUUCAGACAUGGCCUGGGUCAGACUGUCACAGAGGUGUUGAUUCACCUCUUUGGUCUUUGUGAAGCUGUACUUUAUGUUGUAUGAAAUGAUAGUAUAUUGAGAGGUGUUCCUAUUAUUUUGUCCAUUGUUGUACAAAUUAUCUGCUGAUAUUUCUAAUAUAAUUGACUACAAUGACACAUGCUAGAAAACUUUAACUGGGGGGCAUUUUUUCCCCUGUAUUCUGACAGCACAGGGAGGGAGAGGGGGGGGUUACAU